UCGUCAAUCAGUAGCAGGUGUGCGCGCCCCCGGAACCAUUAAUAGCCGUUCGCGCGUUCCCAGAGGAAGCGUUUCAGCGACGCACCAAUACUGGGAUUUCGGAAUGACCGAGAGCACGGAAAGCCGGCAGGAGUACGAGGAGCUGUUUGCUCAAAGGUUCUCGUCGGAGGACCGUGAGUACCAGCAGUACCUGAACCGUCCGGCUGACCCACCACCCAUCGUCGAGGACUGGAGGGGUCGUGCGGGAGGCAGCCAGAGAGGCAGGGAUAACCGGUACCAGGACCGUCAUGGACACAGAGGUCGUGGGUGGAGAGGAGGCCGCGGUUGGGGAGGAGACCGAGGGUGGAGAGGGGACUAUCGUGAGCAGCAACACUGGCAUGACCGAGACCGAGACAGGCACUCGGGUCAUGGAAGUGGGUAUCAGUCAGGCCCUCCAAGCUCCAACCAGGGAUACAACUCCCAUUAUCAGAGACCACAUUAUGACCGUUACUGAUCUCUGCUCUAAUCUCUCAGGUGUUCAGUAUUUAUAGUAUUCAGUCUUAUAACUUGCAUUGCAAUAUUAUACGUGGCAAUGUGCAACUGUUCUUUUUUUUUUUUUUGUGUGUGUGGCUCUCACUACCACAGUCUCAUAAGCAAGGGCUGAGCAAUAUAUCAAUAUUGAUCUUUUAUUUCCCAUCAUUGUAAUUGUGUGGAAGUUGUUUUUUUUUUAAUAUUGUGAUUGUUUUAUUCUCUGAAUUUAAAAAAAUAAAUUAAAUAAAAUCAAUACAUAGAAAAUAGUCGAAUACUAGAUUUUUCCCAGAAUGAUUUCUGAAAAGACAGUGAAAAAUGACAGUUUCUGUUUUACUUCCACAUAUUUUUCAUACCUAAAUAGUCCAGUUUUUGCUCAUAUUGCUCAGUUACAUUUUAAAUGUACAUUAUAUUGAAAAUGAUACAUUUUCUCAUUAGAUUUUUAGGAUUUUUUUUUUUUGUGUUCAGAUAGUUUUUGCUGCUACUUUUAUACAUGGUUUGAUAUGAUAUUGUAAUGAAUUAUACAGUACAGUAUUGUUGCAAACGGUGAAUCUGAAUUUCCAGAGAAACUAUUUGUAAUGCAGCUUUAUUUUUCUGUUUCAUAAGGACAUAACUGAACUGUUGUCAAUAAAUGUGUAUUUUCUUAA